UCUUCCUUUAAACCUAAGCUAAACAUCUUGAAAACUCCGAUACAAAAAUGGAUUUCAAAGUUGGUGCUCUUGAAGCUUGCAAACCAACAAAUGGUGUUGUGGGUUGUCCACCAAACUCAUCUCAUGUCUCAACAGUGCAAAACACAACACCAAUCGGUUCAGCAGAAGCAACGCUAGGGCGCCAUUUGGCUAGACGUUUAGUACAAGUUGGUGUUAAUGAUGUUUUUGCUGUUCCCGGUGAUUUCAACUUAACAUUACUUGAUGAUCUUAUUGCUGAACCAGGUCUUAAAUUGGUUGGUUGCUGUAAUGAACUUAAUGCUGGGUAUGCUGCUGAUGGUUAUGCUCGGUCUCGCGGUGUUGGUGCUUGUGCUGUUACUUUUACUGUUGGUGGUUUGAGUAUUCUUAAUGCUAUUGCUGGUGCUUAUAGUGAGAACUUGCCAAUAAUUUGUAUUGUUGGUGGUCCUAAUUCUAAUGAUUAUGGCACUAGUAGAAUUCUUCAUCAUACUAUCGGAAUACCGGAUUUCAGUCAAGAACUUCGUUGUUUUCAGCCUGUUACUUGUUAUCAGGUCCUUGUUAACAACUUGGAAGAUGCACAUGAACAAAUUGAUACUGCGAUUUCAACAGCUUUGAAGGAAAGCAAACCUGUUUAUAUCAGCAUCAGUUGUAAUUUGUCUGCGGUUCCGCACCCUACUUUCAAGCGAGAGCCUGUUCCAUUCUGCAUUGCACCCAAGUUGAGUAAUAGUAUGGGCUUAGAAGCAGCAGUAGAAGCUGCAGCAGAGUUUUUGAACAAGGCAGUAAAACCAGUGAUGGUGGCAGGACCAAAACUUAGGGUGGCCAAGGCUUGCAAUGCAUUUCUUGAAUUGGCAGAUGCUUGUGGUUAUCCAGUUGCAGUGAUGCCUUCGGCGAAAGGACUAAUGAAAGAGACUCAUCCACAUUUCAUUGGGACUUACUGGGGUGCAGUGAGCACAGCUUUCUGUGCUGAAAUCGUUGAAUCAGCUGAUGCUUACAUAUUUGCAGGACCAAUCUUUAAUGACUACAGUUCUGUGGGUUACUCCCUACUUCUCAAGAAAGAAAAGGCGAUCAUUGUGCAACCUGACCGGGUUGUCAUUGCUAAUGGACCUGCAUUUGGAUGUAUUUCAAUGAAAGAUUUCUUACCAGCCUUGGUGAAGAAACUUAAGCGAAACACGACUGCUUAUGAGAAUUACCACAGGAUUUAUGUCCCCCAAGGGGUUCCUUUACAGUGUGAUCCAAAAGAGCCUUUGAGAGUCAACAUCCUGUUCCAACACAUUCAAGCGAUGCUAUCAGGUGACAGUGCUGUAAUUGCUGAAACUGGUGAUUCCUGGUUUAACUGUCAAAAAUUGAAACUACCCGAUGGUUGCGGGUAUGAGUUCCAAAUGCAGUAUGGAUCAAUUGGUUGGUCAGUUGGUGCAACACUUGGGUAUGCACAGGCUGCGAAAGAUAAACGAGUGAUUGCUUGUAUUGGUGAUGGAAGUUUCCAGGUAACUGCACAAGAUGUAUCGACAAUGUUAAGGUGUCAGCAGAACCCCAUCAUCUUCCUUAUAAAUAACGGCGGAUACACCAUAGAAGUUGAAAUCCAUGACGGACCUUACAAUGUCAUCAAGAACUGGAACUACACUGCACUGGUUGAUGCUAUCCAUAAUGGCGAUGGCAAAUGCUGGGCCACCAAGGUUCAAUGCGAGGAAGAGCUGGUGGAAGCGAUUCAAACUGCGACUGAAGUUAAGAAGGAUUGCUUGUGUUUCAUAGAGAUUAUAGUCCACAAGGAUGAUACAAGCAAAGAGUUGCUUGAAUGGGGAUCACGGGUUUCUUCUGCAAACAGCCGUCCACCAAAUCCCCAGUAAACACAUUCCCAGCCUAAUGCUGACGACACAUCUACCAGGGUACUAGGUGUGGAUAGGAUCAUUCCUAGAGAAGCAUUUACAUGUUUAGAUUUCAAGUUCAGGCAACCAUCAAGUGACUGCCACAGCCACACUCUACAAGGGUGUUUAGAACUUGGCUUGGUGUUUACUGAGGUUGAUUUUAUUAUCUUUAAGUUGGUUAAAAAUGAGAUUAUUAAUAAAUUUGUUUUUGACUUAA